AUGAAUCGACCAGCCUUGUAUCACCAAUAUAACGAAGUCCAGCGCUAUGUGGCCGACAAGGUUUGGAAUAAAUAUUCCAAAUGGUUGCAGUGGCGUUACGAUGGCCAGGAUAUCCUCUUGGAUGUGGGCACCGGUACCGGUAAUGUUCUCAUGGAAAUCGUCAAACCGCGCAUCACCAAAUCGUAUCGGAAAAUUGUCGGUGUCGAUGUGGCGCCCGAUGCCAUAGAAUUUGCCCAAAAUUAUUAUCGUUCGCCGAAAAAGUGUGAAUUUCGUGUUAUGGACAUCUGUACGGAACUGCCCAUGCCGAAAGAUCUGAUGGGACAAAUCGAUCAUGUCACAUCAUUCAAUUGCCUACAUUGGCUAGAGAAUCAAGAGUAAG